AUGCCAUCCUUACGAAGGCUACUGCGGUAGUACUCAUGUGUGGUUUUGAGCUAUGUCAGUGCGCAAGUACGUGGCCGUCAAUCGGUCAUUUGGAUCUUCGGGGUAUCUCCGGUAGUGGUAUCUUUGGCAAGUUGUCACGUGUUCCGUGCUGUCAUGUAUUCCGAGUUCCGAAUGUGUCUUGCGACUGUUGCUCACGUGCCUCGGUGUUUGUGAUGCACCCUGGUGCCCACUCCCUUCCGUUGCUUGUGUAUACGAGGGCGACCAAUAGAACGACUUCACCAUCUCUUCACAUUGUCAACCGGGACAGCCGUGCUUAUCCAGCAGCACUCGGCUUGGGGCCAGUCAACACUCUAGCGUGUCUUGUGUGGCGUUAACGCCAUAGUCUAGUGCGGGAGGCACACAACAUGUCUGCGAAAGACUCUGGGAACUCUGGCGGAGGCGUAGCCGGCCCGACUCGCGAGGAGCUUAGGACGGCCAUCGACGACGCCGUGGGCGAUGCCAGCACCAGAUUGGAGCAGAUGGUGACGGAGAAAAUGGAAUUAAUCAUGGACACCUUGUCCCGGUUAGUGCCCGGGGCACCGCCCGCCGGAAGUGCGACCGCAGCGGGCGGCGGGGGGGAGUCACUGGGGAGGACGCACGCCUUCCCCGGCGCGGGUCAGCUGGGCCAAGCGCCGAAUACCGAACGAGGGCUCGAGGGGGCGAGAGGACUGCGAGGCCCGGAUACCACGCCUAAAACAGUUGGAAUUCGACAUCGACGAAAAGAACUGGCUGAUGUUUCGAAACGAUUUCAUUACGCAGGUGCAGACUUGUGGAAUGGGUCGUGCCAGACAGCUAUGUACCGGGAUCUGUGGGGGAUGCUGACCGGAGCGAUCUCCAACAACUCCACAAAAAUGCUGGUUUACGAUCGCAAGGGGCCCUCGGCAGCGUGGCGUCGCAAAGAUGGGGGUGACUCCUCCAGCGACUCUGCGGCGGAAGACAGAAAGAGGUCAAGAGAAGAGCUCGUGGCCCUGAGGACGCAAGUUAGCUCGCUGAGGGAUCAGAUGAGCCAGCUAUUGUCGCUAGUGGAAGAUACCAUGAAGGCAAGCAAGAAGGAGGAUCCAGCUGGCACCAUGGAGGGUGCCGCUGAUCGCGGCGAUGCUAGGGAGAGCGCAGCCGCGGAGUCCACGAACGCCAAAGGAGGGACACCGUGGACCGGGAGUGCGCAGGACGGGAGGUACCUGCGCGAACCUGUUCGAGAGUCUGGCCCGCCAGGGCGACACAGCGGCGAAGCAGGGGGCUUUGACCCCCAAGAGGAAGUAAUGAUCGAAUACAAGGCGAUCAAGGACAAGCUGGAGCAGGGGAAAGGAAAAGGGGCGAAGGGCGCAGNGAUCAAGGACAAGCUGGAGCAGGGGAAAGGGGCGAAGGGCGCAGAGCAAGCGGGCAAGGUCGUGGUCGUGGCGGCGGCCGUGGCCGCAGCAACAGUCGUGGCCGCGGCGGCGGCGGUCGCGGCGGCGGCGGCGGCGGUCGCGGCGGCCGCUCAGGCGGAUUCGGAGGAGUCGAGGAUAGCAAGGGAAGUAGCAGUGGAGGCGCCGAUGGCGGCGGUGGCGGGGACUAUAAGUUCCCGGCCGGCGGUGUACGUGGCCGGCACAGCGGCCACGUGCUCUAUGUUCCGAUGUGCAGACAACUUCGUCAACUACCGUGAGCGUAGCGGUUGGGUGAAGGGGAUCGGAGGCGACAAGGCCCCCGUUCCUCUCCUAGGAUACGGAGAUGUGACCGUAGUCCUACAGACGGAAGAUGGUGGAGUACCCGUACCAGUACUGAAUGAUCCAGCCAACGACCGCUACCCCCGCGGGCUAGAAGGGAAGAAACUCCUCUUGGGCGCCUCGAAUGCUGGCCCGCUGCGCCAUGGGCUUGAGAGUGGCCGCACGCGGAAGCAGACCCGGGAGAUGCAAGGUGCCUGGGAGAUGCCGGGGCCCGGAGAAACACCGGACCCGGAAGAGGUAUUGCUGGCGACCAUCCUGGAAACUGGCGGGAUGGGGAUUGUUGAGGACUACAUCUGCAACUCGCUUGUGAAGGAGCAGUGGGACGAGGAGCAGACACGCCGUAUGGAGGAGAUGAACAGGCGCGAGAUGCAGGAGGUGUUGGGCCCGGAACAGCAGGCGUUCGGGGCCGAGGUCGACGCCAGCGGGUCUUCGCAACCACUCCCAGACCCACAGCUAAGAAUGAUCUCGCCAAUCGGGCAGAAGCCGAGUGGUGUGGAAGCAGUACAGAUGACGUACAAGGAUGUGAUGAGUUCCAAGUACAAGGUUUUCUUGGAGGCGGCCAUGAAGAAAGAGAUAGAUGGCCACGACAAGACUGGAACCUUUACCAAGGUCAAGGAGCCGCCCGAGGGGCGGAAGGCCAUAGGUUCAAAGUGGGUGUCCUCUUGGAAUCCGAAUGAGAAGGGCCUGAUAGUCGACGUCAAGGCCCGUAUGGUUGCGCGGGGUUUCUCUCGAAUCCCCGGCAUCGACUUCCACCACUCAUCCUCAGCGUGCCCGUCUGCAGCGUCUGUCAAGACGGUGAUUGCCGUAGCCACUGAAAAGGGCAAGAAACUCGCUCACUGGGAUGUGAAGCAAGAGUACAUCCACGCUAAGCUAAAGGAAGAAAUAUAUCUCAGGUUCCCGGAAGGCUGUGGUAGCAUGUCCGGCAAGGUGGUCAAGGUUGAGCGUGCACUGUAUGGCCUAAAGCAGAGUGGCCGUGAGUGGGGAUUUGAAGCUGCCGAUGCCCUCAUCGAGAAUGGAUACGAGCAGUGCAAGGUCGACCCGUGUGUCUUCCGGAAGGCGGUGGAUGGAGAUGUCGUAGGUCUCAUCGUCAUCUACGUAGAUGACAUCUUAGUGGCGGCAGACGAGGGAGAGCGAGAGGAGUUGUUCGCUUCCCUCAACAAGAAGUUUCCGGUGAAAGAUCUGGGGGAGUGUACCUGGAACGACGGGUGUGCUAUCGCCAUGGAUGUAGAAAAUGGCAUCACCAAGCUGUUACAGACAGUAUACAUUGAGAGUAUGCGAAAGCGGUUUGAUGUGACCACGACCGCUUUCACCCCUGCUGCCACCGACGCCGACCUAGGGCCGAAGAGAGAUGACGAGCCCGCGGUGGAUAAGCCUGUGAGGGAGGCGAUCGGAUGCCUGAUGUGGACGAAGCUGACGAGGCCAGACAUCGCCCUGCCUCUGAACAAGCUCCAGAAGAUCGCCCACUCACCAACCGGGAGGAUAUGGAACGCGCUUGUGCGGAUCGUGUCCUACCUGAACUUCACGAAGGACUUCGGCAUCACCUACGUACGGGGGUCAGGACUAGACCUCAGCGUGUUUGUCGAUGCCAGCUACGCUGACAACGAAGUAUACAGGCGUUCUACGACCGGGCUAGCCGUGACCGUAGGAGGUUGUUUGUGCGUGGCGUUCUGUCGUUCAUAGCGCCCGAGACGAGUGGGGCGAAGAUCAAGGUCCUUGAGGAC